CUAGGUAGGUAGAUCUUGUUGCAAAAAUGGCAAUCAACAUCAACGAUGGAAAAUGGUUAAGUUUAUCCGUUACAAUUAUUCUCUUCGUAAUGGGCGCAUUCGAAUCGAAAACUCUAAGCAUACUGCACCGUUUACUCUACACAUCUUGGAUGUUAAUCAGCUUGAUCGGCAGCAUAUUCGCAUUUUUCAACACAAGCGACACGUUAGACAAACUGCAAACCAUCGGUGUUUUCUCCACUACUCUGAUGUUAAACUGCGUCGUUUCAGCGAUACUCGCGAAUCGUCAUAAAAUAAAAACCAUCAUAAGUUCGCUGCAAGAAAACGCAGCAGGUAAAACUUACAUCAUCAAUCGAGCAGCUCGAUUGGCCAAUAAGAAGCUGCUUUUUCUCGCCUUUUUUCACGGUUUCGCAUCGGUCUUUUUUUUCGUACCGCCGUCGAUUUAUUUUAUGACUAAACCGCUUCUGAAAUCCUACGAGACCCAAGAAGUGAUUCAGUUUUGGUUCACUUGCGGAACAGAGGAACGUCGAGGUAUUAGAAGAUCGUUGUGUUGGAAUGUCGAAACGAAACGAGAACUGAUGAUUAAAAAUAUGAUUACGAGUUCGAUGGCUGCGAUCGAGGAAGGCGGAUUUUUUUGCGGAAUUGUACUCUAUUGCGUGGUUAUGGCGGAAUUCUACGUGCAUUUGGAUAUUUUUAGAGCUAAAAUUGUUGCAUUGUCGCAGUACUCGGAUCAGUUCUCGGUGGAUUUGUAUAGACAUACUAGGGAUCAGAAAUGGAAACGGAGUGUUUUAUCGCAUCAUAAGUUGAAUAUUGAGAAGAUGUUGGUGAAAAUCGUCCAUUAUCAGCAGUUUCUUAGAUGUUGUAUCAAAGAAAUAAAUUCUACAUUCGAAGGUUUCACUAAUAUCUUCUUCAUUGCGUCCUAUGGUGUGUCAGUUGUGCUCAUAAUUUUGGUUUUUUUCCAGACACACAAUAGAAUUUUAUUGUUCAGACAUAUCCCAAUAUCUGCAAUAAUGUUUGUCACCAUAGGCAUGUUCUGUUACUUCGGACAACUUAUUUCUGAUUUGAAUGACAUAUUGUUAUACGAGCUGAGUAAAAUACCUUGGUAUCAACAAGAAAUACAAUUCCGUAAGAAUUAUAUAUUGGCACUGAACCAGAAUUACUUACCAUUACAAACCAAGUUUUUCAAUUCUCGAGUGAUCAACUUGAGUUUCAUGCUAUCUGUGUUCAGGACGCUUUAUUCUAUCAUUAAUGUAUUGUUAUUAAUGAUAAGAAAAUAAUUUUUCAAUUUUGCCCCUUUGUGUUUUAACCAUGAAAUAAUAUAAUAUUGGUACAUACUUUACUUACCUAUAUGCUUAAGUAAUUAAUUUGGUAUGUGAGUUGACAAAGAUAUCCAGGAAGUAAGUGUUUAUUGGUAUAUUAAAAUUUCAAUUUUUCAA